AAAAACUGCCAGCUGCGUGUCAGUGUGAUCGACCCAAGUUCUCAGUAAGUGUCCUCCCAGAACAGAGAAAGAGGGGGAUUCCCCAAGAGUCCAGACCCCUUCCUGCUUAUUACAGAACCCGUUUCCUGGUCAGAUUUGAAAAAUCCCCCCAAUUAGUUGAAUAGUUUCACUAAAAGAAGGAGGGUUUGGAACCUGUUGGGCGAUGGGUAUCCCGGUAUGAAAAAUAUAUAAAGAGGAUGAAACCACGGCAGAUACACAGCUCAGUGACAGAACACUGUGAUACACAGCAACCUACUGAACAACACCAUGCUCUCAGCACUCAAGUUUCAGAGAACUCCAAGGCACUUUUCCUGCCUGCGACUUCUACAUAAAUCUGCAGUUGAAGUGCAGGAAAGGCCUGCCCCAGAGGGGACAGUCACCAGCAGUUUUGGAGGGUUCAUCCACUCUGUGCACCCGGGCCAGCUGUCAGACACUGUGCUGCACCGCAGUAAGAGGAUGAUCCUGGACAGCAUCGGGGUGGGGCUGCUGGGAAGCACCUCCCACGUCUUCCAGCUGGCUCUGCAGCACUGCCAGCAAAUGUAUGCUCCAGAUUACAUCAGUUCAGUCUUUGGUCGAUGGCACACAAGACUUUCUCCGAGUCUGGCAGCCUUUGUCAAUGGAGUAGCGGUCCAUUCAAUGGACUUCGAUGAUACCUGGCACCCAGCCACUCACCCCUCAGGGGCGGUCCUUCCUGCCCUGCUCGCUAUUGCUCAGAUGUUGCCUGGCAACGCCAAGCCCAGUGGGAUGGACCUCCUGUUAGCCUUCAACGUGGGCAUUGAGAUUCAGGGCCGGCUCAUGAGGUUCUCCAACGAAGCCCAAAACAUCCCCAACAGGUUCCAUCCCCCGACUGUGGUGGGCCCUCUGGGUAGUGCUGCUGCCUGCUCCCGUCUGCUCUCCCUGGAUCGCUCGCAGUGCUCAAACGCCCUGGCGAUUGCUGCCUCCCUAGCAGGGGCUCCCAUGGCCAACGCUGCCACUCAAUCCAAACCUCUUCAUAUCGGGAACGCAGCCCGACUCGGCAUGGAGGCGGCACUGCUGGCUUCCCGGGGCCUGGAGGCCAGCACGCUGAUCCUGGACUCGACCCCAGGCUGCGCUGGCUUUAGUGCCUUCUACAACGACUACCUGCCACAGGCACUGCCCUCCCCAGAGGAACAGGAUCCCCGCUUCCUGCUGGAGGACCAGGACAUAGCCUUCAAGCGCUUCCCUGCACACCUGGGCAUGCACUGGGUGGCAGACGCAGCGUGCUCAGCGCGGGGGCACCAAGCGCGGGGGCACGCUGAAUCCGAGCACCAGGCCAGACACUCCUUCCAGUUCAACGCCUGCACUGCUCUGCUGGACCGCGAGGUCAGUGUCCAGUCGUUCAGCCCAGCGUUCCUGGACCGCCCCGAGCUGCUCAGCCUCCUGAGCAGAGUACGGGUCGAGCACCCCCAGGACAACCCUGCCAAUUUCAAUAAGAUGUACGCAGAGGUGCUGCUGACCCUCACAACAGGCAAUGUCUUGAAGGGUCGUUGCGACACCUUUUAUGGACACUGGAGGAAGCCACUGAGUCGUGACAGUCUGCUGAAAAAGUUCCGGGCAAAUGCUGGGGCAGUCCUGCCAGGAGAGAGGGUGGAGGCCAUCAUUGAUGCCGUGGAGAACAUAGAAGACAUGCAGGACUGCUCCCACCUCACCAUGCACCUGGAGUGAAGGGCUUCAUGACAUCCUUUGAUGACGUACACUAGAAGAAAACAAUUUGAAGGCACUGGGGAAAAGAUCUUUAUGCCAUUUGUGUUUUGUUUUACUGUAUUAUUGUUGUUGUUGUUGUUGUUGUUAUUAU